AUGAAACUCCGCUUAACUAGACUGCUACUGCAGCGGAAGCCCAGUCCGUCUGUUUGCACAUUACUGCCGUUGUCUGCCCAGGGAGUCCACACUGCUGUUGGAGAAACUCUUCAGAAUGAGUCAAACACCUCCGCCACACAUCAACACGUUUGGAAAUCAGAAGAAGACACCAUUGAUGGGAUUAAUAAUAAAGAAAAGAAAAAGACAUUGUCGCCUCAAUAUAAAUAUUGUAAAUCAACAACAGUGCCACAACAACAACAACGAGAAGAAAAAGAGAGAAGAGAGUUCUGUUACUCUUUUGAAAUCCCAUCAUCUGUUUCUAAGAUUUCUGAGGAGACUCCCAUAAAAACAAGAAAGAAAGAGGAUAAAUAUAAAAAAUCCAGCAAAGAAGAUGCUUUUGAAGGGGUGGAUGUUCCUGCAGAAAAAGAAGAAGUACUUCGAUUAGCAUUGGAUGGGGCUUCACUCUUUAUUGGCGGAGAUGCGGGAACAGGGAAAUCUUUUUUACUGGGUUACAUUAGAAAACACCUUGAAUCUAAAAACUUACGCGUGGCCGUUACGGCAUCUACUGGAAUAGCCGCAUUAGCAAGUGGUGGAAAUACAUUUCAUGGAACUUUUGGAGUUCCUGUUUUCUCUUGUGAUGAAAAAGAUUUAUCUUCUAUUAGCCUAUCUUCACUUAUUCGAUAUGAUGCAGAUUUACUCUCUACGCUAGAUGUUAUUAUCGUAGAUGAAGUCUCAAUGCUGCAUGCAGGAUACAUUGAAGCCCUUGAUCUCGCAGCACGUGCGGCUCCCGGGAGAACACCACAAUUGCCAUUUGGAGGAAUUCAAGUAAUACUUUCUGGUGAUUUUAUGCAGCUUAUGCAUGGUAAUACAGGGAAGAAAUCUGCGCGGGAGAGUAUUAUUUGCUCCGGUGUAGAGAGAAAGGAUAAAGAUAUUCAAACCUCAUUGAUAACACCACCUAAAGAUUCUAAUGUAUCUAAUAAUGGUAAGCAUUAUAAGAAUGAUACGGAUCAAAUAGAAAAGAUUGGUUUCAAUCGUAAUGGUAGUAAUUAUUCAGUAAAGAACCGACGUCGUUUACUGCGAUAUUACCACACUCGUCCUCUCUUUGAAAGUCCUGUAUUUCAAAAAUGUUUAAUUCAUAUAUGGCUAAAUGAGCCCUCACGACAUAUUGAAGAUGUUGAUUUUCUUAAUGAUCUUAGAAAAUUACGUCGUGGUAUUCUUACAUAUCGUCUCUCACGUUCUGCUAUUUUAAACCCGGCGGAUCCAAACGCUAUUCAUCUCUUUCCCACAAGGCGUGCGGUGAGUGCAUUUAACGAUGCGAAGAUGUUUAAACUAGAAGGAGAGGAACGAUGUUUUCGUAGUGAACUUCAGGUCACAAGUUCUACAAACCCAAAUGGGAAUUCUAUCAGCGCAACGAGUAAAAGAUCUCGUAAAAUGCAUUCUGAAAUUCUCGUUAUUCAUUUUCACAGUAAAUCCUUUCAUUCUGUAAACUGGCGCAGACGAGCAGAAGAGUUUGUUUGCAAUUUAUCUUCACAGUGUGAACUAAAAGACACUUUUAAUUUGAUGAUUCCUCCUGUUUCUUCCCGACACGCCCGUCACCUCUCAGUAUACGUGCGAUUUACCGAAGAAGUAAAAGGUGGGGCUGUGAAGGCGAUGUUUACACUCCAAUCUGCAAUUGCCAAUCACUUUCAGGGAAACUCAAAGGAGGCUGCUGCUGCACGAAAACUUUGGGGAAAUGUUUUUAUAGAAGUACGUCAGGGUGACUACAUGGAACGUUUUAUGCGAUCUGCAUUGGAACGUCGAUAUGCCAAGAUCAUACAAAAUGAUCAUGUACUUCAGCAUAAGCGGUUAAAGAUUGGUUGUCGAGUGAUGCUAUUACGUAAUCUUAACACGCAAUACGUUAAUGGAUCCCUUGGAACGGUUGUUAGUUUUCAAUCUCUUCGUCAUGUUCGUCAUCUUGUUCCCACCGAACUGAAAGUACUUCUUUCAUGGAAGGAGUACACCGUCCUGCGUGAACAAAAACCAAAUUCCACUUCUAAUGCUUUGGAAAAAACAAAUCUUGGAGCAGACGCACUUCUUCUUCUUCCUUCUGAGAAUAAUAAUAAUGAUAUGAGUAAGAAUAACGAGAAUAACAAGAGUGAAUCUAGCGAUGUGAUCAACGACUAUAAUGAUAGUAAUAAUAAUAAUGAUGAUAUUGUUAUUCCUGUUGUGAAGAUGGACUCGGAUGGUAAAGAGGUGGCCAUUCCAUUUAUUUCUGUUCCACUUUUGGAGGGAUGGCGUGAAGGUUUUUGUGCUGUUCGUAUCACUGUUAUGCCAAUCACACCAGCCUAUGCAUACACUGUGCACAAAAUCCAGGGAUUGACAUUUGAUCAUCCCAUUCUCUUUGAUGGUAGUGGUUUUUUCCCAUGCGAUCACCUUAUCUAUGUUGCGGCCAGUCGUGUACGUCGAUUUUCACAAUUUCGUAUGAUUAAUGUCUCUCCGCAGAUGAUAUCUGUAAACCGCGACGCCCAACAGUUUGUGUCUAGUGUUCCCUCAGCAGAGAAGGGAGCGGCGCGUUGGAAAAGGUGGAAAAAUACAACGAAACAGUUCUCAGAAACAGAGAUGUCAUCACAGGAGCUUUCACUGUUUCGCGCAACUUGGAAAGUGCAUCCAAGUAGUAUAUCGAAGUCGAAGUAG